AUGUCUUAUCAAUUGCACGGUAUGCCUGCUACGGUGAGGUUGCCCUCGAUCCAGAACCUACUGAACUCUAUCGACCCGCAGACGAGUGAAGCGGCGAAGUUGCAGGCGGAGGCCCACACGGUGAUACCCAGCGGCUCUGUGCCGGUCACAAGCCGAAGCAGGAGCUGGAGCAGGGGCAUUGGGCCCGGAAACGGCGUGUUAACAGCAGCGGGCAGUGUGGCGGUCCAAGAUGCGCAGUCUUUGCCCCUGAUGAAGUACGACACACACAGCAUACAGCUGCAGCGAGAGUCCUCGCAGCACCAGAAGUUCUCAUAUAUCUCUGCAAUGCCAGUAUCAAGGAAUGACUCUGAAGUUUCGAUAUCGUGUUCUACGAGGGACUGUUACGAGGUUUGCCAGAGUCAGCAUCAAAACCAAGACAAGACGCAGGGUCACACCCAAAGCGAGACGUGCCAGCAGGGCCCUUCCCAGGAACAUAAGAACCAGGUAGCGGGGCAGUUGGGAGCCAGCAACCAUGCGAACAGUCAUAACGGUAGAAGGUCGAAUUUACCGAAAGAGACCGUGCAAAUUCUAAAUACCUGGUUGUUGGACCAUCUGAGAAACCCGUAUCCGACUCCCCAGGAGAAAAGAGAGUUGUUGAUAAAAACUGGACUGACGAAGAUCCAACUAUCAAAUUGGUUCAUCAAUGUGAGAAGGAGGAAGAUCUUUUGCGAUUACUACGAGUUGGCAAACAGGAAUAGAGACUCGCCUGAUGAAAGUACUGAAAGGGUAACAGCUGAAGCGGUUAGAGUAGCGACAGCUUCAUCAAACGAGGAGGAAGAGCUAGCUGAAAGGUUCGCACACGCCCCUUUAACAAGACGCAAAAAGCUGAUUGAUCGGUUGGAGGAAUUGAAAAAGGUGUCGAGACCAAGGUAG